AUGCCGGCCUGGUGGAUACCACCGCGUGCGCGACCAGAGAGUGUGACACCAACAAUCAUGAUUCACGCAUUCUGUCUCUUCAACCCACUGCCACAGGACGUGGUGCUCGCCCCUUACAUUGACGCCGGCCUGGACGUGGUGCUCGCCCCCUACAUCGACGCCGGCCUGGUGGUAUACCACCGCGUGCGCGAGCUUCCAUUCGUGGAGGGCAACUUCACAGCGUAUUUGAAUAGGCAGUUCCGGUGCAAGCAGGGGGCUGCAUUCAACCACUGGGUGCAGGUGGGGAGAAAGGGGGCUGAGGGGCAGAGCAUUUGA